CACCCAGCCACCGCUCUGAUUACAUAAGCUUUGUGGGUUAGUAUAAGCUUAGAUAAGAAACGGUUGUCUUUGCUGCUGGGUCUGCAGCGGCGGGUGAGGGACAUCGUCUGCGCGCGCGCUUGUGCCAACUGUCUGUACGCUUGAGUGUGUGUGUGUGUGUGUGUGUGUGCAGUGCGCGCACACAUGUGCCUCUCUCGGUGAUGUGAGAAAUCAAGAGGGACACAUCUCUUAAGCCUCAUCGUGGUGGGAUUUCAAUUUGAUGCACUAAACGUAGCGCGCGUCUUCGCUCUCACACACUCUCCCUGCAUGUGUGUGAGUGCGUGCGUGUGUGCGCGUGAGCGUGUCCGCUCGCUGCAGCUCCGGCGUCGGGCAAGCCCCUCUCACUGCUGCACUUCAGCCAAUGUGGAGCAACUCGUCUGCAGCCGGCCGCCUCGCAUGGCUCCUAAAGAAGCGGAUAUGCCCCAGUGCCACGGGAGACUGACGCCUUCACUGUCUUCCUCUCCUCCGCUAAUGGUCCUCGCAGGGAGUUAUGGUCAGUAAGGAGGCAGGCUGCUGCACUCUGUCAAGCUCAGAGUCUGACUCGGAGUCCGGCGGUCCUUUGCUGGAGCGGAGCGGAGCAGACGUGGUACGCAAGCGAAACAAAGCCCUGCAGGUGCGUUUUAAAGACAUCUGCGAGGCGCAGAAUGAGGCUGCCCACCAAGGUGCCAGAGACCGCUCUGUUUCCUGCAAGGUCAUCCACCGGAGGUACAUGACCAUGCCGGCUCGCCGCUCCAUCCCGAACGUCACCAAGAGCACGGGCGUGCAAACCUCGCCCGACUUGAAAAAGCGUUACCAGACUUUCCCCUUUGAGCGCAAGAAGGGAACAGUAAUCAAACACACCGCUCUAGUGGAGAACUACCCUAAGCAAAACAAUGGCUUUUUGAGUGACGUGAAGGGGGAGGGGGGGGGGACAAGGUAUGACGGACGGGUGCAACAGACCCGAGUGUUGCUCCACACUACGCCACAGUGCAGCGACGCUAAGGACUUGUGUGUUGGGCCGGACUGUUCGGAUGGGAAACUCUGCCCUGAUCUGUCAGACACGGUUUUAGAUCAGUCAGACUCAAGGAGAGACACCAACGUCCUGGGGAGUGGGGCCAAGCACAAAGGAUUACCCAGUGAAAGCGAGGCAGGGGCAGGCCUGCAGCCCAACUGUGCCUCCUCAACCAAGCUGACUCAACCUCUGCAGGUCAGGGGUGACUGUUCAAAGAUUUCUGGCCCUAUUGCAUGGACAUCCUUGACACAAGUGGAAUGCCCGGAGAGUCCCUCAGGGAGCUGCAAACGCAAAAAAGACACAGCGCAGCUGAACGGAUUGCAGGCGCAGUCUCAGGCUUUGCCUCAUUCUGCGAGUUGCGCUUCCCAGGCCCACAUACAGGCCCACUGUCACAGUAGCCAAAACUUGGGCACCGCAGAGACCCGGCAGGGCACACAGGGGCAUCUGUUUGCUCUCCCUGGGGCCGAUGGGAAUGUGAAAGCUAGGCUUCAAGCCAUGGAGGCUCUGAUCAACUCUAGUCAAGAAACCAUCAAAGUGCUGCUGGGGGUCAUUCAGGAGCUGGAAAGAGGAGAAGCACAGCGAGAGGGACUGUCUUAUCGAACUGGUCAGGAUACAGCCAACUGUGACACGUGUCGUAACAGUGCCUGCAUCAUAUACAGUGUGGAACUAGAUUUUAAACUUCAAGAGGACAAACUGCAGCCCUUAAUGAAGAGAAUGUGUCCAUUCGAAGAGCCGUCCUACCCUUCUCUGCCUUACACGCACGAGGUGUUCACCUCCACCCCCAAACGCAAGUCCAAGACUGAGUCCAAGAAGCAUGCGCGAUGGAAACUCUGGUUCCUCUAACAUGGAUUCAGGAUCCCUGAAACCAUCACAACGAGCGAAUUCUAGUGGAAUUUUGCUUGACUAAUUGGAUAAACAUGGAGAAAUGCUCACUGCUAGCCACCGUUUUGGAACAUGGGAUCCACUGAGUGACUGGAUUCUAAUAAGGAAUAACAGUUGUUUUCUAAUCAUGACCCUCUGAGAAACCCUCUGAGUUUGGGAACUGCUGAAUUCACCUGAUCUCACAUUUUUCAAUGGGAUUACUCAAUGAUCCUUAGGUUUAGUCAAGUUUGCAAGGGACCCUGCAGAGGCGACAAGAAACUUCAAAGCUAAAUGCUAGUUUGCCAGAAAACUACUUUGGAGCCGUACAUCAAAGACAUCUAAUCAGCAAAGCACAAACUUUUGGGAAUUAUAAAGUAGAUUUGAUAGCUGAGAUAUACCUCUGUCUCUUUCCCAGUAUUUCUUUCGUUUUUUCUUUCUUUCUCAAAGUCUCUCACCAAUUGAUUAUCAUUAUAUGACAGAAUAAAUUAAAUUAAUGAAAUUAAAUUAGUGAGUAAAUUCAGAAUCAGCUGACUGCAUGCACUAAUAAUCAAUGACUUUGUAGAGAUAUUUUUUCUGGAAAAUGUUGAGAAUGCACAAUAAGUAUGUCAGAAAUGGUUAGGCUGUAAAUGUAUAAAUGAAAAAGGGUUUACACGCUGGUGUUCUCAAAAAAGUAAAAUAAUAAUAAUAAUUUACGAAAAUACAAUGAUUUGUCUUUCAAUUAUAUGGAUUUCUGCAUCAAAUAAUGGGCAAUCAAUAUUCCUGGAAUAAGAAAAACAUUACAGUAAAAUUUCGAUUUGCAGAUGUUCAGGUCUGAAACUAUUUUCUUGGGAAUAUGACGCUGCAUUUAUAACAUACUGUAAACCUAGGUCAAUUUCUCAGUAAAUAUAUUUUUCAGACUCAUAAAGAUGCUUGAGAAUUGGCUGGAGAUUACAGACAAUAUGUUCCAUGGUGAAAAAAUAUGAGAACACCUCAAAUCUGUGUAGAUGAUCAUUGUUUCGUAUUAUAGGGUGGAAAGUGCACAAAUACAGAACACAAAACAAUAGAAAUAGGCUCUAUUCUAUAAAUCACACCACUCUGUUCAAGCUGACGUGUCAUUUGCUCAAUUAAAUUUGAAUGAUGGCAGUCAAUCACUGAAAUCUUGUGCUUGUUUACCCACCUAAAGCAAAAUAAUGAAACAAUCACAACACAAAUUGGGGAGUAUAAUAAUGCAGGUAACAUAUAGAGGGCUAUGUAUAUAGAAAUUGUGCUUAGCAUUUUAUUAGCUUUAAACAGUCUUUGUGUUAGAUAUUCACAAGUCUAAUAUCUUCACUACAGUGCCAAACACUGUAUUUAGCUGGUAGCCCACGAAUCUUCAUACUUGGAGGACAUUUUUGAUAACUAUUGGUUAUAUAUUUAAAAGUACUAAUAUGUUCAAACAAAAAAAUUCUUGGUCACAGUAUCUUGUUAUUUAAUUGGAGCACAGUACCUGCAUAUUCUUGUAGCAUAACACAAAUGCAUCAUUAUACCUUGAAAAAAGUGCAGUUGAUUUAUAUUGUGCAAUAUUACAUUUUUUAUACAGU